GCCAACAACGACCCGACGAUGGUCAAGGUUGCAAAUGCGUUCGCGUGCAUUCUGGACGACAUUCAGGACGCCGGCAACAGGGAGGUCACUGUCCAAGAGGUGGACGCGGCUCUGCAGCAACUACAGAUGCAGCCCAGCACCAACCAUGAAGUCCAGGGCACGGCGGGGCUUGAACACGGCAACGAUGGGGACCUGAUUCAUGUUAUCAACAACAGCCAGAACUUUCAGGUGCAGGCAGUGCAGCAACCCCAGGAACUAGAUAGCCUCCCAGUCUCACUGAUUUUGGCCAACGGCCACAACUCACGGAUCCAUCAGUGCUGCUCUGAUCCUCUUGGAGCAGCUCAGGUUCUAGCCAACGGCACUGACGACGUGGCUAGCAUCGUUGUCGGCACAGGUGAUAGAGCUUCCACCGACAGCAAUAUCCAUGGGAGUCAGGAAGGAGGCACCCUCAGCGGCAACACCAUCGUCAAGGCACUCUUCAUCACGCCACAACAAGUGUUGCAGGAACCUCCUAGAGAGGGCCAAGGGGCGGAGUAGAACCAGCACCUGAACUGGGAGAGGACCAAAAGCCGCCAUCCACGACGCGUCUUCGACAUGUCCACAGUAUGCCGCAGUGCGCGACUAUCCAACAGAAGACCAAUGCCGGCAAUUCAAAAGGCACAGCAAAAUUUGUGCCGAAAACUUGGUAUUUUGACUGAGGAGAUGCAGCCCAUCGAGGCUGCACUGCAGAAAUUUUUGGCCAUGUUUCAGGACCCCUUCCACAAGAUAUAAUCGCGGCGUUAACAACGGCUUUCAACCUGGAUGACCCGGCGGCGGAGGCACUUGAUGAAGCGAUGGCUGCGGUGGUAGGUGAAGCCAUCGAUGACAUCCAUGCAAAAGAUCUUCAAGUAGGAACUCCCCAGGCGGAACCUCUAUAGGAGGCCAACUGAUGCCUGUUUAUCAAUCUACCCAGAGUUGUUUCUUUCUUCAUGUUAUCUAGCAGUACAAGAAAGCGCUACAAGCUUCUGUUAUCAAGCACUCUACCUUUCAUUUGGAAUGUAAUGUUAAAGCCGGAACACUUUGAUGGCCAUCUACCGUU